AUGUACGGGACUCUCGGCCUCGGCUGGGGCAACAGCUUGUUGGCAUUCAUCACUCUGCUCCGAGGGCUUGCGAUUGUAAAUAGGCAAUUGGCGACCGAGCCAGUCCAAACCAUCUGGGAUAAAUUACGGAAAGCUCAAUGCCUUUCUCUCCUGUAUCGUAUGGUGGCGGGUAUUAUCCGUUGGCGUGCUGUGGGCUGCGCGCAAAUUCGCCAAGAUACGCCCACGAAGACCAUUGUACACAUCGUGCUGUUCAAGUUUAGGCAGGAUGCAACUGCCGAGCUGAAGGAGACAUUCGUGCGGGAGCUGAAACAGCUGCGACAUCUCCCUAGUGUCUUGAACCAGAGCCUGGUCCGCUGGAGGCAUACCAGGCGAGCAGCGAGCACCAUAGAGUAA